GCUUACUGAAACGGAUCAUAUUUUUAAAAUAUGAGAAGAAAUUUUAGACUAUAGUGGUGCCAAAUGUUUUGCCGAUAUGAGACUAGAACUAGAUACUAACCUGACCGGUACCUCUAUCUCCUUUUAAAACAUCCGAGUAACCUCCUAUUUCCGUGUUUUUAAGGUUCUGAAUAUAUUGAUUCAUUUGCAGAUUCAGUAAACUCUAAGUUUGUUUUUUUGUGCUUGAUAAAUCUUUCCCUCGGAAUUCUGGCAGUAUCUCGGUAUCAAAAAAAAACAAGUCAUAUACUCUGUUGUUGAUACCAUGCGAUGAGAUUAACCUUUUUUUGUAACUGUUUGUUGGUAGCCAUAAUUCUGUGAUUGUAAUCUUCAGAUAUGAGCAUUCUUAAGUCUAGUCGUUCAGCACAAAGUAAAUGGAAUUUUGCAAUUCUAUGCUGGGAUAUUUGUUUAGGACUGCAAAAACUUCUUUAGGCCUGUUUUUAAUCAUGGAGGGACUCAAAUAUUUGAUGAUAAACUGAGGUCUGCUUAUUAACACUAUCUGUCAUUAUUGCAGGGCACGAUGAUUCAUACGAAUUCGGCUCCUAUUUUUCUUAAUAUGAUCCUCCGAUGCGUAAGCAGCUUUAUGCGUGCAUAGAACGUAAGUAAAAGACCUUGGAUAUUAAAAUUACGAAAUUACAGACGCUUGAUCUUGCUAGAAUCUCUUCAGCGCAACCAUGAUGCCAUGGUCACUUGGUCUCCUUUCAACAUCUUGUUGGGUCAUCGCGAUAGGCUGACCUUUGGUCACCAGUGUAAUAUAGUAGAAAGGAAUGGAACAUAUUGCGCAACUAUGAAGAACAGCGAUACGAUCGUUAUUCUCGAAAAGAGUCAUAUAGUUGCUUUGCUCCGAGUGGUAUCGGAAGCCCGUUAAACCCUUCAUUUUGUUUAUAGGAUCUGCCAAAA